GGCUAUUUAUACAGUGAGUUCGCCGCUCUUUCACUGUACCAAAAACAGUCAUUCAUAUAUGCUUUAAAAUGAAGUUGUUUGCUUUGCUUCCACAAAUUACAUUGGUGGUGCUGCUAGUGAUCGCAGAUCAAAGCAUUGCCCUUUCGUUUGCUUCUUUAACCAAUGUAUAUGGGAGGCAAAAUGGUGAUGUUAAAGCUGGCUUUUCAAAGCAUUCCACUGCUCUUCAAUCUGUAUUCAUGAAAGAUGGAAUGGAGUAUGGUCGAUCACCACCUUUAUACGUGUAUCCUCCUUCCUCUUUACCUCCUCAAAGUCCUCCAACGAUACGAUAUCCACCACCAUCUCAAGACUACCCACCUCCUAUUUAUCGACUUCCUCCUCCUAUACAACUCUCACCACCUAUUGAAAGUCAUCCACCACCAACGCAAUACUCGCCACCCGCUCAAGGUCGCACACCACCUACACAAGCUCAUUCACCACCAACGCAAUACCCGCCACCCACUCAAACUCAUCCACCACCUACUCAAGGUUGCACACCACCUACUCAAGCUCAUCCACCACCAACACAAUUCACACCACCCACUCAAGCUCAUCCUCCACCAAGACAAUACCCACCACCUACUCAAGCUCAUCCACCACCAAGGCAAUACUCACCACCCACUCAAACACAUCCACCACCAAUGCAAUACUCACCGCCAACUCAAACUCCACCAAGGCGAUACCUGCCACCCACUCAAGCUCAUCCUCCACCAAAGCAAUACUCGCCACCCACUCAAGGCCAUCCACCACCCACACAAACUCAUCCUCCACCAAUGCAAUACCCACCACCCACUCAAACACAUCCACCACCUACACAAGCUCAUUCACCACCAACGCAAUACCCGCCACCCACUCGAACUCAUCCACCACCUACUCAAGGUUGCACACCACCUACUCAAGCUCAUCCUCCACCUAGACAAUACCCACCACCCACUCAAGCUCAUCCACCACCAAGGCAAUACUCGCCACCCACUCAAACACAUCCACCGCCCACACAGACUCAUCCUCCACCAAGGCAAUACCCACCACCCACUCAAACACAUCCACCACCAAUGCAAUACUCACCGCCAACUCAAACUCCACCUAGGCAAUACCCGCCACCCACUCAAGCUCAUCCUCCACCAAGGCAAUACUCGCCACCCCCUCAAGGCCAUCCACCACCAACUCAAACUCCUCCACAAAGGCAAUACCCGCCACCCACUCAAGCUCAUUCACCACCAACACAAUACUCGCCACCUACUCAAGGCCAUCCGCCACCCAUUCAAGUUCAUCCUCCACCAAGGCAGUACUCGCCACCCAUUCAAGGCCAUCCACCACCAAUACAAUACCCACCACCCACUCAAAUACAUCCACCGCCAACUCAAACUCCUCCACAAAGGCAAUACCCGCCACCCACUCAAGCUCAUUCACCACCAACACAAUACUCGCCACCUACUCAAGGCCAUCCGCCACCCAUUCAAGUUCAUCCUCCACCAAGGCAGUACUCGCCACCCAUUCAAGGCCAUCCACCACCAAUACAAUACCCACCACCCACUCAAAUACAUCCACCGCCAACUCAAACUCCUCCACAAAGGCAAUACCCGCCACCCACUCAAGCUCAUUCACCACCAACACAAUACUCGCCACCCACUCAAGCUCAUCCUCCACCAAGGCAAUACCCACCACCCAUUCAAGCUCAUCCACCACCAAGGCAAUACUCGCCACCCACUCAAGGCCAUCCACCACCUACACUAACUCACCCUCCACCAAGGCAAUGCCCACCACCCACUCAAACACAUCCACCACCAACUCAAACUCCUCCACCAAGGCAAUACCCGCCACCCACUCAAGCACAUCCACCACCAAGGCUAUACCCACCACCUAUUCAAGCUCAUCCACCACCCACUCAAACACAUCCACCGCCAACGCAAUACCCGCCACCCACACAAGCUCAUCCGCCACCCACUCAAACCCAUCCACCAUCAAGGCAAUACUCACCACCCAUUCAAACACAUCCACCACCAAUGCAAUACACGCCACCCACUAAAGGUUGUGAACCACCUACUCAAGCUCAUCCUCCACCGAGGCAAUACUCACCUCCAACUCAAACUCAUCCACCACCAACCCAAUACUCGCCGCCCACUCAAAGUCAUCCACCACCAAUGCAGUACUCACCACCUACUCAAAUUCAUCCGCAGCCUCCUCAAUCUCCCCCUAGCUAUGGACCACCUUAUCAAUAUCCUCCACCUUCAGGUGGCUAUUCUCCUCCAUACUUUGCCGUCUCCGUACCAUAAAGUAUCAUCUCUAACGAAACGUCCCAAUGCUGAACCUCGGGAUGCUUCAAACAAGCCCUAAAGUUUGGAAGUUGAGACUAUAUAUAAUGAAUAAAAGUAAUCACCUUGCUGCUUGUUUUUGUAAGUUUUAACUAUUGUAUAAUCGUAUAUAUUUAAUAUUAAUAAUACAUGUUUUGUAUCA